GAUUAUUUAGGAAGAACUGCUCUGAUCUGCUCUCAUGUAGGCAGAUCGGAGCAGCAGCGCUUUAGGGUAUUUGUAUUUCUCUUAUCGCAAGAGAGGAGUAAGGAAUGAGAAACUUUUCUCUUACCGUAAGAGAGAAGCUUAACUUGUCAGGCUUCCAACUAGUUUCCUGCAAUAACAAUCAUUCUUACAAAACAAAUGGUUUUGACCUAAUAUGAUGGUUGUGUGCGGGUCUUUUAUUUCUAUCUACGACCACCAUUUGCUCUCAAAUACAGGAAGAUGAAAGAGAUAAAUCAUGGUUCAUAAUGCACCCUUUUUAUCCGCCCUCAACCAACGUCCAAGAUCAAACUAUUUGUGCGUUACCCUAAAUCGACAGAUUCAUUAUCCUCGGUUACAUCGACGGAGUUAGGAUUAUCAUUCAAUGUCAAAACGUUUAUUUUCCUCAUUCUUACAAAAACAAAUGGUUUUGACCUAAUCCGAUGGUUGUGUGCGGGUCUUUUAUUUCUAUCUACAGCCACCAUUUAUUCUCAAAUAUAAGAAGAUGAAAGAGAUAAAUCAUGGCUCAUAAUGCACCCUUUUUAUCCACCCUCAACCAACGUCCAAGAUCAAACUCUUCAUGCGUUACCCUAAAUCGACAGAUUUAUUAUCGUCGGUUACAUCGACAGAGUUAGUAUUAUCAUGUUUAUUUUCCUCAUUCUUACAAAAACAAAUGAUUUUGACCUGAUCCGAUGGUUGUGUGCGGGUCUUUUAUUUCUGUCUACGGCCACCAUUUGCUCUCAAAUAUAGGAAUAUGAAAGGGAUAAAUCAUGGCUCAUAAGGGAGAUGGUUAAUCAUGGAAAAGUGCCCAGAUUCAUGAGGAUGAGAGAUUCGUUUUCGCUGCUAGCAACAGAAAUAGAACCGGUGAAUCUUCAGGGCUGCAGAGAAAUGAUUUGUCUCAUACUGUUGUUGCGGAGACUCAGAGAAUCAACAUUUGCUUUGUACCCCAGCCCACAAUCUAUUGAUUAAUUAAGAUGGUAAUGAAAACAAAAUUUAUAGGCGAAGAGUCGGCCAAUGCGAAGAGGACAAACUAAAACUCAAAGAAGCUGGUGUAUUGAAGUGAGAAAUUAAACAUGUCAUAGAUGUAAAAACGAAAAUGGACCAGACUCCUCGGACAAACAAUCACCAUAAAAGAAGUUGUCUCAUUACACUUGAAGAAAUUGGAGAAAAGGCUUUCAAGUUUUAAACUUUGUUCUUAAACUGUCUUUCAAGUAUCCCCCAUAACUGCAAAACGAAGUUGAAGAGUUCGAGAUACAAUAUAGAGAAUUGAGGCUUCAUUUUUGAUGGAAUUUGUGUGUAACGGGUUUCAGAAUAAUGCUAAGGCGCAGGCAUCCCUAUCCUAAGUAAGGAAGGCAGUGUAGAUUUGGGGAUGCAAAGGUUGCGGUAAAGUGAAAGCUGGUGGUGCCUACAUUGUGAAGAAGUAGGAACCAUGGCAAGAAACUAAGAUAGGGGAGCACCAGGAAGUUCUGACAAUGAUAGUAGUGGCCAGAAGAGAAACCUGCAACCAAGAGGAAUGGUGGAAAAAGUGAACCUUGACAUUAAAAAGUGAACCUUGACAUUAAAAAUCAACAUGACUAGAAGCGAAACAAAAAGCAUCGGUCAAAUUCGGGAAAGGAGGUGGUAGACUUUUUUUUGGAAACCACGGAUGAGCACCAGAGUGAAUGCUGAAGAUCAAAUAUUGAUGGUACAUCUCAAUUAUCCAAGAAAAAUAGAUUAAAGCGGCCGUCUGGGUUCAAAGCAUACAAAACCGGCUCCUUUCACUCUUAAGAUCUCCACCCUAUAAAUCAUACAGGGUUCGAAAACUUCUGGAGAAUCUUUCUGAGGUGUCCACAGUAGAUACGGAUCAAGUGCAUAUGGCAAUUGGGCGGUUUUUAUAUGAUAUCGGAGCUCCUUUAGAUGCGGUAAACUCAUCUUACUUCCAGCCCAUGAUUGAUGUCAUUGCAUCGAAAUGGUUAGGACUUCAAGCAACUUCGUACCAUGACCUUCGAGGUUGGAUUUUGAAAAAUUCGGGUGAAGAAAUGAGUGGCUUCUUGGAUAGACAUAAGGCAGCAUGGGGAAAGACUGGAUGUUCUAUCUUGAUCGAUGAAUGGAUGACAGCAACUGGUACAAUAUUGAUAAAUAUAUUAGUUUACUGUGCUGAAGCUACCGUCUUUCUCAAAACCUAUGAUGUGUCUAAUAUAUUUACCUCUGUGGAUGCUCUUUAUGAACUGCUGAAGGAAGUAGUGGAAGAAGUUGGGGUAAGAAAUGUUGUGCAAGUGAUUAGUGACUGUGCAGAUCACUACAUAGCAGCGGGGAAAAGGUUAACUGAAACUUACCCCACUAUGUAUUGGACCCCUUGUGCAGCUCGUCCAGUAAAUCUGAUUCUAGAAGAUAUUGGGAAAGUCAAGUGAGUGAAUAUGGUCCUUGAGUAUGCUAAAAGAGUCACUAGAUUUAUCUACAACCAUGGUGUGAUUUUAAAUAUGAUGAGAAGGUAUACAGGUGGAGUGGAUUUAGUGCAACCUAGUCACACCCGCUCUGCCACAGACUUUACCUCGCUGAAAACCAUGGUUAGUCUAAAAGAUACUUUGCAGGGGAUGGUUACUUCGCAGGAGUGGGUAGACUGUGUACUCUCGAAGACGCCAGAAGGAAUUGUGAUGAUGGACAUCAUACUUAGUCAAUCAUUUUGGUCUUCAUGUUCUACCCUUGUUCUGUUAACAGAUCCUCUUGUGGGGGUUUUGAGAAUGGUUCACAGUCAUGAGCGCCCUUCAGUUGGUUACAUUCUUGCAGGAAUUUAUCGGGCCAAGGAAGCUAUCAAGAGAGUGCUGGUUGAGAAGAAAGAGUACAUGUUGUACUGGAAAAUUAUCGAUAAUAGGUGGGACCAGCUACUUCAGCACCCUCUUCAUGAGGCCAGUUUUUUCCUCAACCCGAAGUACUAUUAUAGUCUCAAAGGUGAUGUUCAUGAUAAGAUCCCAUCAGGAAUGUUAGAUUGCAUUGAGAGAUUAGUGCCUGAUAUUAAAGUCCAAGACAAAAUUAACAAAGAGAUGAUACGAUACAGGAAUGUCGCAGGCGAUUUUGGACGUAAUAUGGCUGUUAGAGCAAGACAUACUCUGCUCCCUGCUGAAUGGUGGUCUACAUAUGCUGGAGAUUGCCCAAAUUUAGCACGAGUAGCUAUCCGUAUUUUAAGCCAGAACUGUAGUGCUACUGGAUGCAAGCGGGAUCCUAUUCCUUUUGAACAAAUCCAUAAAACAAGAAACCGUCUUGAGCAUCAAAGGCUGUCGGACCUUGUAUUCGUCCAGUACAACUUGCGUUUGCAACAAAUUAAACUUCAGAAAAAUACUGAGCCAGGAGCUAUGGACCCUAUCUCCUUAGAAAGCUGUAAUUUUGCCCAAGAGUGGGUAGCGGAGAAGGAAGAGUUCUUUGAAGAAGGGGAUUCUAAUUGGGCGGCACUAAAGCAGCCCGUUGGCAACACUAUGCCAUUAGAGUGGGUAACUCAAAAUGUUGACCAGGACAUUCAAGAUGAUUUAUUUGAAGACUUGUUUGCAGAUUUCAGGUAUCAAGAUAAAAGAUAUGGAAUGGGAAUCGACGACGAUGAUGAUGAUAAGUAAUGAAGAUAGCAAUUGAAGGCAAUAAAAAUCGACAUCGAUGACAGGUGAUGUGAAGCUGAUUGUAUUGUAAGUAGGCAAAACCGUUUUAGGAAGAGAUUAGUGCACUAACAUAAAUGAUAGUUAUUGUCAACGAGAUGUAGUUAAGGAUCAGUUGGUGUUGAUUUUUUAUCAACCAAAGGUGAGCUAGUGCUUGUACUGUUUUAUUUUAUUUUGAAAUGUGUAGACCUGAAUUCUUUUGAGA